UAAAACGGAUCUGUCUUGAAGCUGGUUAUGCAGAUCAAUAGCCCACCAGUAACAUUGAAGAACACUGUAAAUUUAACAGUGGCAAUAUGCUGAAGCUUUAUACGAUGCCCAAUAAAGGAAAGCAUGAUUCUGUGGAUUUUAAACAAACUUAUAAUUUUUUCGUGCUGGGUGUGGGCGUUGUUUUUUUUACAGAUGCACGUCUCGGCUGCAGCUUUGAUGACGAGGGACUCCCACUGUGCGGCUGGACUCAGUUGGGCGAUGACGCCGGAGACUGGAUCAGGAACUCGGGAGCAACCCCCAACCCCAGCACCGGUCCACCUGGGGACCACACCACCGGCUCCUCCUUCUACCUUUACCUGGACUCUGCGUCCGUGGGAGCUGGGGGAGGAGUGAGGCUCCUGAGCCCCAGCAUCAACACCAACCAGAACGUGUGCCUGAGCUUCUGGUACCACAUGUACGGCGAUGAACUUAUGACCCUGAACGUGCACGUGCUGGAGGACGGCGUAGAGAGACGCGUGUGGCGUGCGGAGGGGCAGCAGAGCAGCGCCUGGCUGCAGGGAACCGUCACCAUCCAGGCCAAGCCAGACACCCAGGCUAUCCUGGAGGGAAUUCAAGGAGCAACAAAAUUGAGUGAUAUAGGCCUGGAUGACAUUUCUGUAGCUGACGGAAAUUGUUUUGGUAAGAUUAAAUGA